AUGGGUAUUAAAACUUUAUUACCCUUCUUGCGGGAGGUCACACGAAAAGCAAACCUUGAAGAGUUUAAAGGACAAACUGCUGCAGUUGAUGCUUCGUGUUUGUUGCAUAGAGCGCUAUCAAUAAGCAUGAGUCGAAAUGGCGACGAAAGCAGGUAUAUAUUUCAGUAUACAAUGAGUUAUUUGUUUAUUGUUUAUAUUGAUCUGUUCAGAAAAUUAUAACAUUAUUUUGAAAAGAAAAAAAGUUCAAUUUUAGAUUACUUGAUCUUCUUAAUUCAUACGUCGAUCUUCUUGAAAGAAACGAAAUCAAACCAUAUGUAGUAUUUGAUGGAUUAAGAUUGCCAGCGAAAGAACUUGAACGUGUAAAAAGGACAAGGUGAGUAUCGUCUUUGUCGACGCAACUUUUAUGUAAAUUACUUCGCAUAUCGAUUUCAAUCUCAUUUGUACUUUAUGACCGCUUGAAUGCAACAGCACACACGUGGUGGUCAACGUUAAUAUAACAAUAUUUAUCCGACGUUUUUGCUUUUAUAUAAGUAUCAAUGUAUAGACGCCGAGAGGAGAUCCGAGCAAAAGCAAAUGAGCUUCGAAAAGAAGGUGAAGUAGUGGCAGCGAACAAGCUAUUGGCCGGAGAAACUCGCAUAACAUACGCCAUAACAACUGAAUUUAUCAGAGUAAGUGUCACUAUAGUCUAGUGAAAUACUCUAGCUACUUAAUACUCUUCGGACUUCGGUGUUAACAUUUACUGUAGAUGUAAUAUAAAAUUAUGAAGACUUAUUUUAUAUAUAAUGCUCAAAUUUAUACGCCUGUAUGUUUACUAUUGUUUUAGUUGUGUCGUGAUAGAAAUAUCGAUUAUACUGUUGCCCCGUAUGAAGCAGAUGCAAAAAUUGCAUAUCUUAUGAAACAUGGACAAGUAGAUUUUGCCAGAAUUUACGGUUACCAUUGAGUAAUUUUAAAAAGAACAAAACAAUAGACACUCCGAAAAUAGUUAACAUUUUAUUCAACGUUUCGACUAGGUUUUAGUCAUCAUCAGGAAUGACGCUAUUGAAAAAUACUGAGAUAUAUAUUUACAAGUUAAGCCGAUCAAAUUACGCGCUAAUUAAAUAUCACAAGUUCCUUAGAGGCUCUAGUUCCGUGAUUAAGUUCCGGUUUUUGGCGAUGUAUAAGUAAGGACUCCUUAUAUAACAAUAAUGACCAAUGUCUAGAUUUAUCUAAAAUAACACAGUUUUGGUAUAUGAUGGCUUCUGUGGUAUGUGGAUCAAAUUGAGAAAGUAGUGUGUUGGGUAGGUUUAGUAGGGUCUGGUAAUAUUGGAAGUGUUCACAUGACAUAAUAUGUUUGUGAACUUCUGAGUUUUUGUCGGAGGAGUGUUCUUUAAUCCUUGUUCUGAGGCAGCGGUCAGUUUUUCCGAUGUACGACAAUUGACAACCAGGACAGCUAAAUUUGUAUACAACACUACUUUGGAGCUCUUUAUCCGUUCGGUCUUUUAGGCUAAGAUAGGUGUUGCUGUUCGUCGUGUCAUAGAUCGUGAUAAAUUUGGGACGGGCUAUCAAUAGUCGGGAAAUUUUGUUGGUACACGAGCGUAUAAGGGAAGUUCCUCUCUUGCCAAUGAACGGAAGGUGAAUCCAGAUUGUGGGCGGUUUUGGAUGCGUUUACUCGUUUUCAGUGUUGUUGUUGUCAGGAGCAAUGUCGUGGUUCAGAGGUGGUGGUGAAAAUGCGUUGAUCAGUUUGUUGGUCAUGUGAUGAGGGUAGCCAUUCCAAGAUGCAAACACAGCAAUCCUUUGUAGUUCGUUCUUUAGGAGGUCGAUGUUGCUACAGAUCUUGUGUGCGCGGUGGACUAAGGCUCUCAGCCAAGCUGUUUUUCUGCACCAAGGAGUAAAGUUCGAGAGAUGGAUAUAUUGGCAUGUGUGUGUGGAUUUGCGGUAUAUUGUUGUGCUAGUUGAGGUUAUUUUGAUAUCCAGAAAGUGAACAUCAUUGUUGUCAGUGAAUUCUUCGUGUGUGAAUUUAAUGAGUAGGUGAAAGGAAUUAAAUUUCUUUAGUACGUUAGGUAUGUCACAAGGUUUAAUCAGUACCAAUGUGUCGUCAACAUAGCGUGAGUAGAAUUUAAUUACGUUGGAAGAGAGAAGAGGUCGGACUAUUAUUUUAGAUAAAUCUAGACAUUGGUCAUUAUUGUUAUAUAAGGAGUCCUUACUUAUACAUCGCCAAAAACCGGAACUUAAUCACGGAACUAGAGCCUCUAAGGAACUUCUGAUAUUUAAUUAGCGCGUAAUUUGAUCCGCUUAACUUGUAAAUAUAUAUCUCAGUAUUUUUCAACAGCGUCAUUCCUGAUGAUGACUGAAACCUAGUCAAAACGUUGAAUAAAAUGUUAACUAUUUUCGGAGUGUCUAUUGUUUUGUCCUUUUUAGAUUUUGCCAUUAGUGAAGAUUCUGACCUACUUGCGUUUGGAUGCCAAAAGGUAAGAGGGGUUCUAUUUCCCAGACAAGAUGAAGUCUACACUCACGAUAUUAGAAUGUUAGGGUUUGUAAUCCAAGUGAGAAUAUAUACAUUUUAAGACCUAACCAGGAACGACUGCGAAAAAUGCAGCCUUGUGCUGCAUUUUUCGCAUUCGUUCCUGGUUAGGUCUUAAAAUGUAUAUAUUCUCACUUGGAUUACAAACCCUAACAUUCUAAUAUUAAAUCCACCAAGUGAAGUGCAAGAAUUCAAAUCAUUGAAGUACACUCACGAUAGCUUUUAGCACAACCAAGGUGGCAUAACGCUAGCCUUAGCUAUGAUAUAUGUCCACAAAGGGUAGUAGGAAGCUCAAACUGUAAAAUUGGGCCAAAACAAAGCCAGUUCCUAAAGGUAUCAGCAAUAAGCCUAAAUUGGGGGGAUGAGUUAGGUUAUACCCCCCUCCCCCACUCAUCUAAUUUCAACCAGUUUCUAAUUGUUUACAUUUAUUAUAAUAACAACAAAAAAUGUUAUAUGUACAACAAUAUUCAUAUAUUCUUUAUCUUGCAGGUUUUGUUCAAAAUGGAAACGAGUGGAAUGUGUGAUUGUAUUGAAUUGAGUGACGCCCUUGAAAAUCUUGGCAUGACUCAAACUAAAUUUCUUAAAAUGUGUAUAGUAGCGGGUUGUGACUAUUUGCCAAAUAUUCGAGGAAUUGGUAUAAACCAGGCAAGAAAACUUGUUGUAGAAGAAGCUGAUCUGAUGAAGGCCUUGUUGAAUUUGAAAAAUGUCCCUGAAGGGUACAAAAACAGGUUUCUAGAAGCCAAAAUUGUUUUCCUCCAUCAGACAGUCAUACUGUUCCUUUGAGUGAAUGGAGGGAUACUCCAGUGGCAACCUCACAACAAAAUAUGUUUGGAAAGUAUCCUUUCAAUUUAUAUGACAGAAGUGCUGUCUGGUGUCAUUUGUAUGCUGAAAAGACUAGCAUGUUUUUAAAUAAAGUUUAUCAUCAUCAUCAAAUUUGCUAUUAUGUUGGCGAUUCCUUAAUUCAUAACAAGCUUGCUUUCUAAGGAAAAAUCUUUAAAUGUUUCAAUUGGUAAUAUCAACCCGGAAGAAAUGGAUGUUAUUUUAAGCACUUUUCCAUUACCAGUAUUAGUGCAGGUAAUGUAUUAUUUAUGUGAAAUAUGCAAUGUUAUUUUAGUCAUUAUCCUGCCACAGACAAUAAAAUCUUCUGGUGUACAUGUUAGACAGAGUUCAAUAAUAUUGUGUGCAUCUGAACACAUUGCCAUCUAAUGGACUAUCAGUAUGAAACUUAAGGGCGGGAAGAAGUCUUCUAAUAAUAAUUCUAGCAACCAAAGUUUGAAAUUGUCUCUAUGGUUACAGUUUAACAUUUGCUUUAACAUUUUGAUAUUUAUCUAUUUUAAUAGUGAUGAUAUAUCUACAGUUUCAAAAAGAGAACAUAAUAAUGAAGGUAUUAUAAUUGUAUUAUAAUCAGUGCCAUAUAAAGUGAAGGGUGGGGAAUAUGUCCUCAACAUUUUUUCACAUUGCUCUUUUCCCCAGCUAAACUGUUCAAAGAGGUGACCUUUAGACCAUAGUACCCUUCCAACUUGAAUUUGCUUCCUUUCAUCCUUUGUUUGUGUACUUGGUGUGAAUUUUUGCUCACAUGGUUAAUUUUGAGGAGAUAUAUAGAUAUAGACCAUGCUUUACUCAUUUUGCAGAUGACACUACAGAGAUUAAAGUCACGAUUACAUCAAUCGAAUAUGCUUCAUUCCCAUGGAGAAUUCCAUCAUUGCCAGUUAUAACCUUAAACUUUAAAAAAGUAAAAUUUACACUGAGCAAUGGACAGCAGUGCAAUGGCGUUGUAAACAAGGAUAUUGACAUUGACAUUGAACCAGGCAGAUUUUGCUGUUCAAGCCAUUGCACGAUAAGGGUGGAUAAUGAAGACCUGGUAGUGCUAUGGACACUAAGCCCAUUAAAGAACACCAUACAGUCAGUUGCAAGAGUGCAAGUUCGGAAUGUUGGUGAAGAAACCGAUGAUUACAGUGGAGAGCAUACACUACCCUUUAAAGUGAUGGGAACAUGUUAUUGGACUAGUCGGCAAGAUGCACUUGAAGAGGCAUACACAUACCUAGCUUCAUGA